AUGCUGUCGCAGCUCUCCACCAUCGCGCUUUGCGCAGCUGCUGCGCUCGCGCAAUCAACCAGCAGUGUAUUCGACUUUCCAGAAUAUCCGCCCGCUGGAACGCCCGACCCAAAUUCAACGCUUGCCAAUGCUGCGGGACCGCUCCCGUUUGGAAUAGCGUCGGACCCGAAGCUGUCGGAGGCUUACAUCCAUUAUGAUACCGGAACAUAUGGGCCACAGAUUGAGCUGGUCCAUGCAUACUAUACCUACUGGCCCACGGGUGUCGGCGUAGCUAGCGAUGGCACGGUAUUCACAUCCUUCCCGCGCGGAAACGAGACGUUCACUCUCGCAGUGUUCAACAGCUCCGUCACAGAAGCACCCUGGCCCGACCAAGAGUGGAAUACGCCUCCUGCGUUCGAGAAUACCACCAAUCCCGGUUACAGCAUCGCGACGGAAAAGUUUCUGCUCGUGCAGUCUGUCGUCGUCGACGGCCUCGACCGUGUCUGGGCGCUCGACACCGGCCGCCCGGAGGUGAACGGCUCGUACCUGCUCGCCGCCGUCCCGGGCGGGCCCAAGCUCGUUGGCUUUUACCUCAACGGCACGAACUUCGUGACAUAUACGUUCCCCGCGAACGUGGUGUACGCCGACUCGUCCAUCAACGAUGUACGCUUUGACCUGCGCGGGCCCGGCUACGCGUACAUGACCGACAGCUCGCCCAACCGGCCCGGGCUCGUGGUGCUAAACCUGGAGACGGGCGCGUCGUGGCGGCACCUGGACGGGCAUCCCUCUGUGUCGCCGGAUACGAGCUUCGUACCGGUAUACGAUGGAGUCCCCUUCUACCUGUACCCUGUCACAACGCCGUACGCGAUCAACAACUUCGGUUUGUACGCGGCCGAUGGAAUAGCGCUGUCGGCAGAUGGGUCCUACCUCUACUACGCGCCUCUGGCCUCCCGCCACUUCUGGCGCGUCCCCACGUCGUAUCUCAAAGUUGAGCCGGGCCCUCUCAAACCCUACGCCUAUCUACAGGCGAAGCAGGCUGUUGAGAGUCUCGGCGAGAGCGGCAGUAACGCGGACGGACUCGAGACGGACAGCUCCGGAUACAUCUACGCUGGGGCGCCUGAGCACAAUGCGGUUACGAGGUACAACCCCGCUACGGGGCUAAUGGAGCCGUUUGUGCGGUCUCCGUACAUACAGUGGCCUGAUACGCUGUCCGUCGUGACGCUCCAAAGCGGAGGCGGCUAUGUGUACUGGACUUGCAACCAACUAUGGCUUGGGCCGAACUAUCAAAAUGGCACGGACUUCCGCACGAAGCCGUACGUGAUGUUCCGCGCGCCCAUAGAAGCAGGCAAGGCGACGCAGCUCGAUUGA